AUGACAACAGAGCUUGAGGUCACUGAGGUGGAAAAAUUCCCAACAAGCAAGCAGAGGCGACAGUGGCAAGGAGAAACCUGCAGAGGCACCAGGCUCAAGAGAGGCAGUCCAUCUUCUUCUGGCUUGCCAGGCAAGGGGUUCUUACAAGCACAUUGGCCAAGUUUCCAACAGAUCUUCAUUUCCAUCGUGGGCAUUAUGGGUAAUGUAGUCCUGAUCCUGUCUUUAAUAAAGAACCAGAUCUCCCAUCUGAAAACAUUUGAGGGGUUUCUCCUGAGCCUCGCUACCUCCAACCUGGAAGAGCUCCUUGUCGUAAACAUCUGCAACGUCAUAUGUUCUGUGUCUGUCCUCACCCCCUUGUCCUGCCGGACGCUCAAGUUCCUCAUGGUGUUCGGCGAAAUCGGCAGCAUCCUCUUCACAUUCCUUAUCAGCAUCUUCUGGUACCAGAAGCUCCCAGAUGCUGAGACUGGGGGCAUCUUGCCCGUCUUUCUGGACAACAUCUGGUUGGCCUGGGCUGUGAGUGGGCUGUGUGUGAUGCUAGCCAUGUUCCUGGGAACUCCUACCUAUCUCAUGAACAUGGAUGGUCAUAUGGAUAACUAUACGCAAGACGGAGGCUGCCCUCCAGACUGUCCAGUGAACUGCCCGACCAUUAACUGGGUCUUCAAGUAUAUUUUCAUCCUGCUCUGCAACCUGCUGCCUCUAUUCAUUGUCAUCGUCACCACCUGUCUCAUUGUAAAGGUGCUGCUGGUUCAGAGGAGGAUGGUGGUGCCAGCGCUGAGUGCAGCAGGGGCGCCAGUGGAGCAGCCUCCCAGGAAGAAGGUCUCUACCGGGAUCGAUAGGAACACAGUGGGCAUCCUGGCUGCCAUGGGGGUGUUCCAGGUGGAAUGAUCCUUCAGUCCCUACGACUUCCCCUUUUGGACCGAGGUGGAAUUCUUCAUCACAUCGUCCUAUACCACAAUCAGCCCUUAUGUGUAUGGGAUAGGGAGUAACCUGUUUACUGUGAAACAAUUUAAGAAGUAAUGUAAGAAAUAAUUUUUAGGUGUCAGGUGUAAGCAAUUUUCUGUGCAGUAUGAUUAUGGGAUAAGGGAAUAACCUCUUCUCUGAAACAUGUAACGAAGUAAUUGUGGUAUAUUUAUAAACGCUCUGUGUUAGAUGUAGGUGAUUCUCUAUUUUCUUGGAAGUAAUUUUAAGAAGUCAAAGCCCGGUUUUUAGACGUAAACUACCCGACAAAAGUUUUAGAAA